AAUGAAGUUGCGUGAAACCUCGUAGAUUCGCCAACGUCCACGUUGCACAAACAGUUUCUUCGCAGUCAAUCGAAAUAACACGAGUUAUCAACAGUGUCAUUUGUGUCAAUAUUUCUGUGAAUUAGUUCAAGCAAUCCGAAAAUAUGGAAAUCUUUAGGAAAUUCCUUACAAUUUUGGCUGUAAUAUCAGUUUGCAUCGCCCUGUCCUCUGCUAAAAAUGAAACUGCAAGUACCACAACCGCGACCACGACCACUGCUGCCCCCAGUUCCACAACUAAAGUUUCGCACCGUCCCGUCAAAGAAGAGGGGUGUUAUUGGACGCUUUGCAAAAGUCCGUUGACCUAUGACCUAAAGUGUCCUCCAGAGACGGAGGAGCAAAAUGAGAACGACGAGAUGCCGUGUGAAGGAAUCUUCCUCAGUUAUCAGUGUUGCCCCCGGAAGGACGUGGUAACAAAGCCUCCGACCCCGCCUGUGGUCGGUGAGGACAAAGUUAUCCCUCAAGGCGUUUAAGUUUCAAUUGUUCAAAAGUACUUUUAAAUCGUAUGAACUGAAAAAUAAUAAAUUUAGUAAAUUAUGUAUGUCAUCUUAGAUAUGAAUUUGACUGAAUUAUGUUCAAAGUAAAAAUACCAUUUUUUAGACAACAUUGUGAAAUAAAUAUCAUUUUAUUACUGA